UUUCCCCUCCCUCAUAGAGGAGGAGAAUCUUGCAAGAGGAUUUGGUCUUAGCCGUUCUCUCAGAACACCGAUUUUUUUGGAAUUGGAAGUUUUUUGAAAAGAAAUCCAUGUCCUUUUGAAUUUUGGGAAAUAGUAUAUAUAAAAAAGCUACUAUAUGUUUCUUUUUACCGGGAAUCUUUCGCGUUUUGUUCCUUCUUUACUUGCUUUGUCUUGUAUAAAUUAACCCCAAUUCAUUAAUCGUUUGAAUUUAGUUGCUCAUUCUUUUUCUUUUCCUGCCUUACUAUUUCAUUAAGUCUUAUUAAGGUAUUUCUUGGACCCUGGUAACCGUCUUGGUUAGGCUGCUCUCUAUUAUCUUCUCUAUUUUCCUUUUUUUACGCAGGCCAAGUUGUACAAACUCCCUACACUUCCUGUUAUUGAUUCCAUUAAACGUACUCUGACCUCUAAUUUUUUUUCUUUUCUUUUCUUUAUUAUUUUUUGCUCAAACGGUUAAGAGCCCUUUUCUUUUUGCACCGCUCCUUCUUUCCGUAUUUCGUACAAGGAUUGUAUAUUUAUCGAAGCUUUCUCCAGAUUCUUCUUGUCUAUCUUUCUUUUUGUUUUCUCUCUUUUUUAUUAUUCUUUUAGCAAAUCCUUCUCUUUUGGAAUGUUUUGUAUUUUUUGACGGUCAAAUCUCUAUUCAUUUAAUUAUCUUCAUUGUUAUAUGAUCAUUCCUUGAAACCUAACUAUUUAUCAAGUGCUUUUCUAGUUACGUUCUUGACGCUAUUGUUUAUCUUAUUCUCUUUUAUUUCGUUUUGUCACUGCUAUUUUUUUUAUCUUCCUCUAUGUCAAAGUAUUCUAAUAACGCAUCCUUCAGCUUGACUGCCGGUGGCAAUGAUCCAGAGUCAUUUGUACCAGCUCAAAGUAUCCCACUAUCUGCAAAGGCUCCCAUGAGCUAUAAUCCUUAUUCUCGCCCAUACCCAGAUGUCUAUUCGCAAACAUCAAACUCGACUUUUAAUACGUACAACUAUUCAACUGCGUUAUAUGCAUCCGGAAAAGAAAACCAAAAUAUGCUAAAUGCUUCUUUACCCAAGUCCAACAAGUCAACCCGUCCAUACAUUCCAUCUUAUACCCGUUUAACAUACUCUGCACCUCCUCUGCCUUUACCUCCUCCUUCUGAAUAUUCUCUUGAGGGUUUGACAGGUAGAAAGCCACCUGUUAUGCCCUCUUAUGAAGAGUCUAAUCAGUUUUAUUUUCCAAUGGAUGACGGACGAAAACCUCCUUAUUCAUAUGCUAUGCUAAUCGGAAUGUCCAUCCUAUGCUCACCCGAAAAACGACUUACCUUAAGUGCUAUUUAUGACUGGAUCAGUGGGACGUUUUCAUUUUACAGUAAAUCUAGUAACGGCUGGCAAAACUCUGUCCGUCACAACCUUAGUCUUAAUAAAGCUUUUAUGAAAGUUGAACGGUCCAAAAAUCUUCCUGGGAAGGGACAUUUUUGGGCUAUCCGUCCUGGUUAUGAAGAUCAAUUUCAAAAACUGAAGCUUAGAGAAUCUAGCGUUAAUCCACGACCAGCUCCACCUGUAUUCGAAAACAAUGCGUCAAUCUCCCCCGCGCUUCCCAAUUACUCUACUCCAUCUCUGAAUUUCCAGAACGAAAAUUCGUUUUAUCGAUAUAGAAGAACCCUCUCUACCGGAUCCGCCGAAAAGUAUCCCGAGGUAAGGGAGGUUAGCGUAACAGAUCGAGAGUCCUUUAACGAUUAUCCAAAAUAUUGGGGUCUUGGCAAAUCUAAAGGUGGCGAAAAUGGAUCGUUCGAAUUGGAAACCCGAUUUUCCGAUUUGGGUGUCUCAUCGAUAGUGAGUGCUGACUCUUCUCAGCCAGGAAUACAAUCGCCAACACCGCCAGUGUCUUCUCCCGAGUCGAGUGAUUCUUAUCGUCUCAAUUAUGUGGAUAAUGCAGCUAAAAUAAGUAGAAAUGAGAAUGAUCUGAAAACUCCUAACAGGAUUCGAGCUUCACCAUUGUCGCUAGAAGGGGCUGCGCCAAGCGAAUUUGCUUCUGAUACAAACACUGCUACAUCCGAUAAUGAAAAUUUUGGGGAUGAAAUAAAUAUUUCUUCAGCCUGUCGAAGGGAGGAUACUGAUCUUCCGACAUCGCUUCCCGCCUCUCCAACUCAUAAGCCUAGCGCUUUUAAACAAACAAAGCGAUCUCUUUCCAUUGAUCUUCCUACUCCUCCGCGUACAUUGUGCCCCAGAGCCCUUUCCUUAUGUGAUGAUAUGUCUAUUAAUGAUUAUAAUAAGUCUUCCCUUCUAUCCCCUUUGAAGUUUGAUUCAAGUACACAGUCUGCUAGCCCAUCCACUAAUUUAAAGGAACAUCGAAAUCGCAUUUUACAAAUGCUAGCAACUCCAGAUGCGAAACAGUUUAAUAAUAUUGCAGUCUCUACCGAAACAGACUCUUGGAAUUUGACUCCAUUCCGGCCUUCGGCUGCAGCCAAUGAAGACAUCCUGUCUCACAGUUUGCAAUCAAUUAUAAAAAAUGAAAGAUUUAAGUCAGAUUUGGAGAAGCCGAAAGAAAGCGAUUCUUCCUUUGUGGAGACUCCCAGCAAGCCACAAUGGGCUAAUAAUUCUGAUAUGCUUGACGGUGAUUUUUUGGAGGCAAUGGACAUGUUUAACUGUGAUGCUAUCCCAUCUAAUGUGUUUAGCCCUAUAAAAGCUUCUCCAAUUAGGCGUGAGGUGAGACGCAAACAUGUUCCGAGCAGUCUAUCCUUAGCUAGGGCUUCCAUUGCCCAGGACGAUAAUUAUUUGCCUUCUCCCACGAAACGAAAGAUGCCGCAGUUGGCAAGACAGUCGUCGACUAUGUUUUAAUACAGUUUCGUAACAUUUUUAAUAAGUUUGUUAAUUAAUAAGUUUUAUAAUUAUAACUUAGUAAAUUAU